AAUAAAUAAAUACCUUUACUUUUAGUUUGUUCCUUGUAGUCACUCCAUGGAUUCCUUUGGGCAACCUAGAGCAGAAGAUAACCAGUCAGUAGUCAGCAGGAUGCAAAAGAAAUACUGGAAAACUAAACAGGUCCUCAUCAAAGCCACCGGGAAAAAGGAGGAUGAGCACGUGGUGGCAUCGGACGCAGAACUGGAUGCUAAACUGGAGGUUUUUCACUCCAUUCAAGAGACAUGCACUGAACUUCUGAAGAUAGUUGAGAAGUACCAGCAAAGACUCAAUGGCAGACCAGAGGAGCCGGGUUGCAAUGAUGCUUCUUAAGUCCUUGUUUCUUCGUCCUCACCCUCAGCUGCUAAGAACCCGGUCCUCGUUAGUUCUUCUAGUAUUUAUCUGCUUUCCACACCCAGGUUUUCCCUAAAUUUGCUGUAUACUCCGCUGUCUCGUCUUAAGCAAGAAGUAGCAACAUUCAGUCAAAGGGCGGUAUCCGAUACCUUGACGACAAUUAAUCGCAUGGAGCAGGCACGCACGGAGUACAGAGGGGCUCUGCUGUGGAUGAAGGACGUGUCCCAGGAGCUGGACCCAGACACCUUAAAGCAAAUGGAAAAGUUCAGAAAAGUAUGA